ACACAAACCCAGCUAGUCCAGUUAGAAAACAACAGAUGACUCCUACCCACUCAUUUCAGCAAUCAUAAUAGUACCCCCAACGCACCCCUUAGCCUACCCAACCUUCUUCUCUAUCUCUAAAAUCCAUAAUCAAACUUUCAAGAAAACAGCCCUUUUUUUUGGUAUACCACUAGCAUACUUAAUGACUUCACACUUUACUCCGACCAGACCAGUCCUAUCUUCUAAUCUCUGAGUUUUGUACAUUUUCAGUCUCUUUACUAUAAGGCCAACUUGUAUUGUAUGUAUCAUUCUUUAUUUCUCUUUUCUUAGCCUUUUUUCUCUUUACUGUUUGGCUUCUUUCCUUGUGCUUCUCCUUCUUCAGUUAAUAAACUCUUUUCACCGUUCCCUCUCCGGUGAGGAUCCAGCGAAAAUGUCACAGGACAUGACUGGUGCCGAACGUGUUUGUUACGUUCACUGCAACUUCUGCAACACAAUUCUCGCGGUUAGUGUUCCAUGCAACAGUAUGCUGACCAUUGUCACAGUCAGAUGUGGCCAUUGCUCUAAUUUGCUGUCUGUUAAUAUGGGAGCUUUGCUUCAGUCUGUUCAUCUUCAAGAUUUUCAGCACCAGAAACAACAGUCUGUCACUGAAUUUGCUACUACCAAAGAAUGUGGUUCAUCAUCAAAAUGCAGCAAAUUGGCACCAUUUGAGCAUGAAUACGAACAACCUCGAUUGACUCCAAUACGACCUCCAGAAAAAAGACAACGUGUUCCUUCAGCAUAUAAUCGAUUUAUCAAGGAGGAGAUUCAGAGGAUAAAAGCUGGCAAUCCCGAGAUCAGCCACCGGGAAGCUUUUAGCACUGCUGCAAAAAAUUGGGCACAUUUUCCUCACAUUCAUUUUGGAAUGAAGCUGGAUGGCAAUAAACAAGCAAAGAUGGACCAUGCAGUUGGUGGAGAAGGGACUCAGAAAUCCCUUGGCUUUUACUAAAAUUUCUGACCUGUAAUAAGGGCAAAAUUUCCAUUUUUUCUCUCACAAAAGUUUUAAGAAGUUUUGCAUUUUAGUCCCUCUUAUUUUAUAUUUGAAGAUUUACAUAUAAAACCCUAGAAUAUAUAUAGUUCAAAUCACUGUUUAAAUAGGAGGGACUGAUUGCCACAUUUCUUAAAAUUCAGGUGUGCAAAGAUACAAUUUUGCCCUGAAAUAAGAUUGUUUAUCUGUCUUAAAACAGGUUUAACUGAAGUUUGUGAAUUGUGAUCUUUAAACUGAUCGGGAAUGUUCUUGGAUUAAUCUCAAAAUCUAUGUAAUAUGUUUGUUGUCUUCUUCAUGUGA